AUUAUAAGGAUUAGUUUUAGCCUAAGUAAGGAAAUCGUCGCCCUAAGUAUAAUAGAAGUAAAGACGUACUUUAGAACGAUAACUUUUUAUAUUUUGCCCGUUAAUACCCCAUUUCUCCUAUAUUUAAAAGACAUAGAUCGACUAGGUAUUAUAUUUAAUAAUAUAAGGAAUAGAAUCUUUAAUACGCAGAGCUUACGCAGAUUUAAGUUUAAAUUAUAUAAUAAGCUUAACUUUAACUAG